AUGGUCAACGUCUUUUUAAUUAUUGUAGCUAUCGUUGUCGUAGCUCUCAUUAUAUUAGCAAGUCUCUAUCUUAUCGUUUACUUCCAACAUCCAGAUGAUAAGAAUGUUGCUUGGCUACCGAAAAUCAUUGUCGUUGCUGGUCUAACACUAGCAGCGGUUAGUAUCCUUAUGCUGCCACUAGAUGUAGCUAAUAAAGGAGGAGAAGGAGGAUUCCCGAUGGACACUAUUUGGCUUGUAAUCUAUAUUGCCAUAGCCAUAUUUUCAGUCAUCAUCGUUCCAUUUGCAAUGUUUUAUUAUGAAUCUGAAGAAGCAGAUGGUACCAAUAAUCAAUUUGCAUCAGCAUUUAAGGGAACCCUUUUCCUUUUGUUUGCAUUUGCAGUGAUUACCGUCCUCUUAUGGUUAUUCAUUGGUAUUGCUGAAAUCCCAACUGUUCUUGUCAACCAACAAUUUUAUGUAGCCAACUUAAACACUGCCGAUUUCUCAGAGACUGGUAAAUGGUUCAAGUUUAAGAAUAUCACAUAUGAAGGUACUCUUGAAGGUUAUCAAGGAUGGGUUAAAGUAAAUAUAUCAAAAGAAAAAGAUAAUAAUAAUGAAACAAGAGAUACAGGACAAUAUUUAGUAUUCCGUGUUAGUAUUUUCUUGUUUAUUAUUACAAUGGUAUCAUUCUUUGGAUGGUUAAUGUUUAUUAUUUUCGGAGGUAUUGGUUUGGCCGCUCUGCCAUUUGAUAUGAUUACCGACUUUGGCAAUCGUCCACAACGUAUAUCGUACGACAAGUAUUUAGAGAUCAAGGCAAAGAUUGGAGAGAGAGCAACCCAACUCGUCACUAUUGGCAAGGAGAUCCAAACCAAGUAUUCUGGUGGCGGUGUUUUCAACAUGAGCAGAAAGGAGCGUCGUAACUAUAACCGUUACCGUGCUGCAGUGUUCGAGUUGGAAGAUGAUUAUGAGAAGCUCAAGAUCUCUUAUCAACGUCAAGGAGGCAAGGUUAUCUUCUACUGGGCUCAGUUCUUUGGUGGUUUCAUUGCUGCCGGUUGCUCUGUCGCAUGGGUGCUUCACGACAUUAUCUACAUGUGGACUCAACCAGAACCAUUCCAUCCAUUCCUCAACAACUUGGUGAUUUCACUCGACAAUGCCUGGGGUUUCUUGGGUACCAUUUGUUACGGUCUUCUCUCCUUUUAUCUAUUGUUCUGUUGUGUCAAGGGUAACUUUAAGUUUGGUUUAAGAAUUUUCUUUUUAUUCCCUGUUCAUCCAAUGCGUGUUGGAGCAACAAUGAUGAAUGCAUUCUUAUUUAAUGUUGGUUUAAUUCUUAUUUGUUGUGUUAGUAUUACACAAUUCUGUACUAUGGCCUUUUCACAAUACACAUCGGUGACUGCUAUCAAUUCUUUGUUCUCCAAUGCAGUUCGUUACAUCAAGGGGUUAAAGUGGUUCUGGGUCAUCUACAUCAUUGCCAUCUUUGUCAUGAGUAUCCUUGCUCUUAUCAUGCUCUUUGUAUUUAAAUCAAAGGAUAAAAAGAAAAAGAAUCAACCAUUUAAAUUGGCCUAA